ACAAAAAAAAGCGGAGGCGCCGCCAUGUUUUCAAAUGGAGUGCCUCUCGUGCAUUGUCUGUAGAUAACGAAUUACCACGUUUCUUGUCGUUGUAAUUGUGUUACAGCUUAUUAUAAUUUGUUACUGGAGGUUUAAAGAAGCCUUGUUGGUGCAUGCAACUGUGGCAGCAGCUUCAUUUGUUGUAGGUGACUGUCUGACAUUUUUCUCAUUCCGCAAUGCACCAUGGGAGUGGGAGUCAGAACGUGCAGCGGCAGCUCCAGCGUUCGAAAUCGUUCACGGGCGCUGAGGCGGAGGAGCAGCCUGCUCCGGUACCGCCACCUGCACAGCCCGGCCCAGCCAAUCUGCCCCAGUCGCCGGCAGCAUCAUUUGCUGCUGCUGCCAGCCCCUCGGCACCUCAGUCACCCAACUACCAGAUCAUCAUGAGUCGGAGCCCCGUGACCGGCCAGAACGUGAACAUCACGCUGCAGAACGUGGGCCAACAGAUCACCCUCACCCCACUGCCUCUGCAGAGCCCCGCCUCCCCAGGCUUCCAGCACUUCCCACGUAUUGAUCCCCCAUCCUCUUCCUACAUCCCGGUGGCCUCGCCGCUGCCGCAGCCCGUGCAGCCACAGAGCCCUACCCAGCACAGCCCCGCAGUCCUGCAGGGUGUGCAGCGGCCCGGGGCGGCCGCCACCACAGGACUGGGCGUGCGUGGCCAGAGCCCCACGCGUUUCGUGGAGGCUGGUGUGCUGGUGCGCCAGAUCGGUCUGAGCAGUCCCUCCGGUGGUGCUGCUGGGCACUUCUUAUAUCAGGAUGGCAGCGGAUUGGCUCAGCUGGCCCCUGCUACACCUAGCCAGGUGGCCAUGGCCUCACCCAGUGCCACCGGCACGGUGCGUGAGCGCCGGCUCUCCCAACCGCACUCCCAUACUGGCGGCACCAUUCACCAUCUGGGUCCUCAAAGCCCAGUGGCCAGUGGGGCCACCCUGCCUACCUUGGGCAGCCCCGGUCACAUCACCACCUCCAGUCUGCCGCCUCAUAUCAGCAGCAUCAUUCAGGGCCAGCUGGCGCGCCCUGUGUUGUUUGAGAAACCAACCCAGGGUAUGCUGGCUGGCUUGGGGCCAGUCACAGCAGGGACAACGGCGACGUCCACCUUCGGUCUAACAUCCACUGUGCCACCCUCCAGCCCGUCCCGCUCCAAUCCUUCUGAGGGGGUCCCAAACCCACCCCUCACCUCUGCUGGGGUGGCCAUAGGCUCGGUGAAGAAGCAACCCCGGAAACUGGAGGAGAUCGCACCGGCCACCCCAGAGGUGGCCCAGCUGAGGAAGCAGUGUCUAGAACACCACAGCAAGAAGAUGGAAGCCCUACGAGAGGUCUUCAAGGAGUACCUCAUAGAGCUCUUCUUCCUGCAGCACCUCCAGGGAAACAUGAUGGACUAUCUGGCCUUUAAGAAGAAACCCUGCGUGCCACUCUUCACCUACCUGCGGCAGAAUGACCUGGACCUGGAGGAUGAGGAGGAGGAAGAGGAGCAGUCUGAGGUUAUCAAUGACGAGGUGAAAGUGGUGACGGGAAAAGAUGGCCAGACGAACACUCCGGUUGCCAUAGCGACACAGCUGCCUCCCAACGUGUCGGCAGCCUUCUCCACUCAGCAGCAGCAGUUCCAAGUGCAUCAGGGAGCGACGGCCACUGGUAUUGCAAACCCGGUUGACAUUGAAGCCUUCAAAAGACAGCAGGUUUUGGCCCAUGCAGACCAGGCUAAGAGGCCCCGGAUUGACGUUGGUCGCCAUGGGAUCAUAUUCCAGCACCAUGGCGUAACUGCUUUAGGAUCGCCCGGGGUUCCCCUACAACAGCUAAUGCCGACAGCCCAAGGUGGCAUGCCCCCUACUCCACAGGCAGUCCAGAUGGCCGGGCCAAACCAGAGUCAGCAACAGUAUGACCCUUCUAAGGGCCCGCCCGUGCAGAAUGCGGCCAGCCUCCACACUCCGCCGCCACAGCUGCCCGGCCGCCUGCCUCCCAGCACCCUGCCUAUGGCGAGCCUCCCGCUGGCACUGGCCCAGCCCCCAUUGGCCGAGCCGCAGGCCCCGCCCACCGCGGGGCUCCAGCCCCCUGUGAAGGUGACUGCCGGUGGCCCGCUCCUGGCCCAGGGCAACCCGCACACUCAGCUGCAGACUCAACUCCAGCAGCAAAUGCAGCCAGGUCUCCACAUCCAGAUCCAGGCCCAGCCAAUGCAGCAGCUGCAGCAGCCGCCCCAGCCUCUGCUGCAGCCAGGGCAGGCGACUGUGGCUUUGGUACGUCCUGGAACUGAAGCCUCCCAGCCUUGCCAGAGGCUGGUGACCAAUGCCCUCCCGGCCUCGACCGCAGCCCCCACCCCGCUGAGUGUCCCAGUUUCACACACAUCCCCCCUCACUGCUGGCCCAGGCCGCCCCGCUGCCUCUGCCUCCGCUGCCUCUGCCUCCGCUGCCCAAUCCAAGAUGGCCGGCCUGAGCCCCAUUUCUGCGCUCCAGGCAGCUGUUCCUGGACAAUCCUCAAGCGGGCAGCCAACUCAGGAGAGCUCCCAGGACAAGCAGGCCGAACAGGCCAAACUGGAGAGCCAAGUGCACCAGCGCAUCUCAGAGCUGCGUAAGGAGGGCCAGUGGACGGCCAGCCGGCUGCCCAAGCUGCUGGAGACUCCGCGGCCCAAGGCACACUGGGACUACCUGCUGCAGGAGAUGCAGUGGAUGGCGGCCGACUUUGCUCAGGAGAGGCGCUGGAAGAUGGCAGCUGCCAAAAAGCUGGUGCGUACUUGUGCCCGUUACCAUGACCAACAGAAGCAAGGCCAGGAGCAGGCCAAGAGGGAGGAGGAGAUGCACCUGCGGCAGAUCGCUGGCACCAUCGCCCGAGAGAUUGAAUUUUUCUGGUCCAACAUUGAGCAAGUCGUUGAGAUUAAGUUGCGGUGUGAGGUCUAUGAGAAGAGACGCAAAGCACUUUGCCUGCAGAGGACGUCCAGUAAAGGUCAAAUUAUGAAAGGAACCCCUCUGGCUGCAGAGGAAGCUGGACAUGAGUUGUCAUGUUCCCGUAGAAAGAGAAAGGCCGAUGCAUCAGGGCUUGAUGAAGAAGAUGAGGAGAGCACCAUAGAAGAGCAGGAGAUCACAGAAGCGGCCGUGGACCACCAGGCUGAGUUGGCUGACCUUGCUAAAGAGGCCGAGAUGCCCCUGGACAUCCUGGUGAAGCAAUAUGCGGGUGCUUAUUCUGAGGACUUUGACUGGCCCCAGCCUGGACCUCAAGGUUUGCCCAGUGCUGGUGCUGAGCCAGAACCCCAUAGUGAGGAUGAGGAGCAGGACGAAGGUGAAGAGAUGGAAGCUGCCCCUCCGGGCGACCCUCCCGAGGCUGUGCUCAUAGACUCGCUGCUCAGCAUGGAGCAGUACCGGGCCUCGGAGAAGUCGGUGUCUGCAGGAGCCAAGGGGCCGCCCCAGCGGGACAUCGCAGAGGUGGCUACUGCCGCGGAGCACCUGCUUCCCAAAGGCAUGGCGCGCACCGUCUCCCCGGUGCACGGCACUGCCCCCUUCCUCCUGCACGGCACUCUGCGGGAAUAUCAGCAAAUCGGCGUGGACUGGCUGGCCAGCCUCCACCGGCGACACCUGAACGGCAUCCUGGCCGACGAGACGGGCCUUGGGAAGACGGUACAGACAGUGGCUUUCCUGGCUCACCUUGCUUGUUAUGACGGAAUCUGGGGUCCUCACCUUGUGGUCGUGCGCACGUGUAAGCUUUUGAGCUGGGAGAUGGAGCUUAAGCGAUGGUGCCCAGGUCUAAAAAUCCUGCUGUACCUUGGAGGAAAGAAGGGUCGCAAGCUAAAAAGAUCGUGGUGGUCGGAGCCCAACAGCUUCCAUGUGUGCGUGACUUCCUACAAGCUGUUACUGAAGGACCAGGGGCACUUCCUGAGGAAGCGCUGGAGCCACCUGGUGUUGGAUGAAGUGCAGCUCAUCAAGAACAUGACAGAGAAGCAGUGGGACACCAUCUUCUCCCUGAAGAGCCAGCAGAGGCUCCUGCUUAUUAACACCCCUCUGCAGAACACACUGAAGGAGCUGUGGACCAUGAUCCACUUUCUUCUGCCAGGAAUCACACGCGCCUACCUGGACUUCCCUGUCAAGCCUGGCACCGACCAGAACCAGGAUUACUGCCACAAGCUGGUCAUCCGACUGCACAGGAUGAUCCAGCCGUUCAUCCUGCGGCGCUCCAAGAGGGACGUGGAGAAGCAGCUGCCCAAGAAGUACGAGCACAUCUUAAAAUGCCGGUUGUCACGGCGACAGAAGAGCCUGUACGAGGAUGUCAUGACGCAGCCUGGAGCUCAGGAAGCCCUGAAGACGGGCCACUUUGUCAGUGUGCUUCGGGUCCUGAUGCAGCUGCAGCACAUCUGCAACCACCCUGACCUGGUGCAGCCCAGGGAGACAGCUGCUGCCCACGUUUCCCCGGCACUGGAGUACAGAGCUCCCUCCAUGGUGCUAGGAGUAUUGGCACCGGACCCAUGGAAGACUGUGGAUCUGUCCAUUUUCGACUUGGUCAGUAACGAGUGCCACCUGACACGCUACGAGACCGAGGAGGUGCUGCCCAGGUUGAAGGUCUCCAGGCAGCUCAUCGAGGAGAUCCAUGCCGCCCCUCCCCCCCCAGCCCGGCCCAAGCCCUGCAAGAUCAAACCCAUGAGGUUGUUCCAGCCCGUCCAAUACGGCACCAAGCCGGAGGGCCGAACAGUACCUUUGGCAAGCAAUGGGGCUCAGCGGCCCCCAGCCAGCACUGUGGCCACCCCCACCACAACCAGCACGUCCCAACCAGCCCUGGCCAAGGGCAAGACCCCCAUCACCCACACGAGCACCACCACUAACGCCACAGUUACUGCUGCCCAGGUCACCGGGACUGCCUUGCCGACAAGCCUGGCUGCCGCCACCGACACAGCUUCCUCCUCCGCGGCUGUCCCGGCCCGCCGUGUCCCCGGACAGGCAUUGAGUCUGCCUGCAGGGGGUGCUGUGCCCCAGCUGUCCCAACCCUCUUUGGUCAGGCCAUUGACUAAGUUGCCACAGACCACCACACCGAGCCUGCCAGCCCAGAGGCUGGUACUCACCUCCCAGGCCCAGGCACGCUUGCCUAGUGCCGAUGCAGUAAAGACCUCCCAGAUGGCCUCCAUCGCUGGGGCGCAGGGCCGCAUAUCGCAGCCAGAGACCCCCGUCACCCUGCAGUUCCAGGGAAACAAGUUCACUCUGUCUCCCAGCCAGCUGCGGCAGCUCACCACUGGGCAGCCCCUGCAGCUUCAAGGUACCCUCGGCAACAUCCUCCAGAUCGUAUCGGCUCCUGGGCAGCAGGUGUUGCGCAAUCAGGGCUCCGUGGGCCUGCAGGCGACCCCCCAGCCUCUCCCAGUCCCCAGUGCGGCCACCCCUGCAGCCACUGCCGCGCCUCCGCCUGCUUCCACCCCUCCUAUGGUGUCCGCUGCUGCACUCCAGGUCCCAGGAGCUGCAGCCAAGAGCCCAGUCACAACAGCCUUUUUUGUGGACCAAACGGCUGGCGCCAAGCCCCCACUCCCAGCAGCCGCUGUGCAGGAGUCUUCCGAGGAGCGGAGCCGGCAGGUGAAGGAGCGCCUGAGCCGGCUUUUUACCGCUAAUGAGCGCCGGUGCGGGCGGGCAGUGCUGUACGGGGCCGACCUGCUGGGGGCCUGCACCAUAUCGCAGAGGGACCAGCAGCUCCCGCCACCCCUCUCCCCCAUUUUUGCCUCCGGGCCCCGCAGAUGGAGGUGGGUGGGCCGGGACAGCUGCCUGAGGGCUCAGCGCUCCUGCAUCUCUGCCACGACCCACCUGCAGGAGGCGCUGCUCUCCGCUCAGCAGCAGAGGGAGGCUGGGCAGCAAUUGGCUAACAGGUUUUCUUGCGUGGUUCCUGCGGUCGUGGCCCCGCCCCCAUGUCUGUAUGCGCCCAACCCCACGCCACGGUUCACCCUGGAGCAGAAGCGUAUCCACCGGCGACUGCAGGAGGCCGCCGCCCCUCACGGUCUGGAGAUCCACAGGCUAGCUGCCGCCCGCUUCCACCAGUUCCCUGACCUGCAGCUUCUGCAAAUGGACUCAGGCAAGCUGGAAGCCCUGGCUGUCCUCCUCCACAAGCUUCGCUCAGAGAAUCGCCGCGUCCUCAUCUUCACCCAGAUGGUGCGCAUGCUGGACAUUCUGGAGGCCUUCCUCAACUACCGCCAUCUCACCUACGUGCGGCUGGACGAGAGCCUGCCAAUGCAGGAGCGCCAGGAACAGAUGAAGAGCUUCAACAGGACCAGGCAGGUAUUCUGUGCCAUUCUCACCAACCGCUGCGGUUCCGCCGUGGGCCACGUCUUUGACGCAGACACCAUCGUCUUCUACGACACGGACCUCAACCCCAGCAUGGACUCCCGCACCCAGGAGUGGUGCGAUCGAAUCGGCCGCUCCAAGGACAUUCACAUCUACAGGCUAGAGAGCGGGAACUCCAUAGAGGAAAAGCUACUGAAGAACGGGACUAAGGACCUUAUACGUGAGGUAGCGGCCCAGGGUACCGACUACACCCUGGCCUUCCUGACACAGCGGACAAUCCAGGACCUGUUUGAGGUGGAGUCAGGCACCGGGGAGAAGGUGGAGGAGUUUGUGGUGCUGCACCAGGAUCCGUCUCCCUCGGAGGCCAUCUCUCCCCGUGUGGCACGGCCCUACAUCCAGGCCCUCAACAGCAUCGGCCAGGAUGUGUCGGAGGAGCUGCCCACAGAGCAGGACGAUGAGCCAGGAGAAGAGGAGCAGCUCCAAAUCCAGGAGGAACCAUCACAGAUUGAGGAGCUGGAGGCAGUCCUGGAGCAGCUGACACCGAUUGAAAAAUACGCUCUGCAGUACCUGGAGUGCCUGCACAUCAGCGAGGAUGAGGAGCGAGCCGUCAUGGAGCAAGUGGGUUCAGCCAAGAAAGGCUGGGAGGUUCAGCAUUUGCAGAAGCUUAAGGCUAAGGAGGAAGAACUGAUGGUCCUUGAGGAAGAGGAGGAUCUCUUCACUUACACGAGAGAAGAUGCCUACAAUAUGGAGUACGUCUUCGACGGUGAAGACGGCCAGACAGAAAUCAUGCCGCUGUGGACACCCCCUACGCCCCCACAGGAUGAUAAUGACAUCUACAUUGACUCGGUGAUCUGCCUGAUGUACGACACGGUGCCCAUGCCAGAGUCCAAGCUGCCGCCCGUCUACAUCCGUAAGGAGCACAAGAGGCUGAAGAUGGAUACCUCCGCGGUGGGUCGCAAGAAGAAGAAGGGCCACGGGGAGACGGUGAUCCCGCCGCGCUCACUGUUCGACAAGCCCAGCAUGCUGAAGGUGCGUCGCGAGGCCAAGGAGCAGAAGAAGAACUUCUCCCUGAAGCAGCAGGCGCCCUUCGCCAAGCCGCUACCCACUCUGAGCAAACCUGCUGUGGAGGCCGGGCAGGACAACCCCGAGUGGCUGAUUAGCGAGGACUGGGCCCUGUUACAGGCUGUCAAGCAGCUUCUUGAGCUUCCUCUGAACCUCAGCAUCAUGUCUCCGGCCCACACCCCCAACUGGGACUUGGUCAGCGACGUCGUCAACUCAUGCAGCCGCAUCUACCGCUCACCCAAGCAGUGCCGCAACCGCUAUGAGAACGUCAUCAUUCCCCGGGAGGAGGGCAAGUUGGUGUAUGAAGCAAAUCCCAAGAAGAAAACCAAGAGCAUUUACAAGUCCAAGAACAGCCGUCCACUCCGCACGUGUCAGAUCUACACGCAGGAUGACAACGCCACCCACGUCCAGCUGUAUAACAGCCGCUUCGAGCUGAUGAAGCUCAUCGCCAGCAGGAGGAGCCCUCCCAUUAAACCCCUGUUGGGCAUGAACCCGUUCCAGAAGAACCCAAAGCACGCCUCGGUGCUGGCUGAGAGUGGGAUCAGCUACGACAAGCCCCUCCCUCCCAUCCAGGUGGCUUCCCAGCGUGCUGAGAGAAUAGCCAAAGAGAAGAAGGCCCAGGCGGAGCAGCACAGAGCCCAGCAGCUGGCCCAGCAGCAGCAGCAGCCGUCUCAGCCUGCACAACCUCCACAGCAGCCUGGAGCUGCCCAGGCCCAGGCUGCCGUAGCCCAGCCCCAGACCCCGACCGCUGGUCAGCCUGCACCCCAGGUAGUGGCCCAGGCCCAGGCUGUAGCUGGAACCACCACCGUCCCCAACACUGCAGUCCUGGCGGGGGCCAUAAAGGCUGCCACAGCCGGGACGACCAUACAGACCGCUACUGUAGGGGGGAACGUGAUUGUGAACACCAUGUCCGGCUCCUACCAGGCCGGCAAGCGGCUCGCCUCUCCUAUCAUCUCCGGCACUAUGGUGCCGGCCGGGACCACGGGGCCGCAGGUGGUGCACACCCAGCCGCGGGCAGUGCCAGCCCCCGCCGCUUCCGCUGAAGUGGUCACCAUCGCCACCAACUCGGCCAUCCGGGCGGUCACCCCGGUCAGCACCUCGCCUGUGGUCUCCACCAGCCUGAGCCCGGUGCCGACGCCGACCCGGUCGCUGGUCACGCAGGUGCCGCAGGGCCCUGGCAUGCAGCUGCCACCAGGGAAGCAGAUCACACCCACGCAGCACCUGCAGAUGCUCCGGCAGCAGCAACAACAGCAGCAGCAGCUGCAACAGACGGCUGCCUCCCCCCAAAUGAAGUCUGUGACCAAACCCCAACAGCAGCAGGAGAUGCUAAAGGCGCAGAAGCACAAGCUGCAGAUGGUCCAACAGCAGCAGCAACAGCAGGUGACGGCAGCAGCCGUAGCUGCGGCCACCCAGCAGCAGGGCCAGCAGACCGGGCAGACGCAGCCAUCGGCGCAGGCAGCGCAGCCCGGCACGCAGCUGACCACGGUGGCCGCUCCUAGGACCGGGGCGGUGCUGGCUGGCACUACGGUGGUAACACGGCUGGCGCGGAUGCCCAACACGGGCCAGGCGGCCCAGACGGCCCAGGUGACCCUGACGAAGCCCUCGAUGGUGUCUGUGCCCGUGGUGUCCUCAGCCGGCGUGACGGUGGCCGGGAUCAGCGUGGCCAUCGGACAGGCCCAGAAGCCAGGCGUCACCGCUCACCCCUUCCAGCCCAUGCAAGUGCAGCAGCUCCUGCAGAUGAAGAAGCAGCAGGCGGCGCAGCAGAAGGCCGUGCAGCCCCAGCAGGGACAGGCGGCUGGGCAGCCCAAGCUGGCCGCGCAGCAGGUCACCGUGCAGGCCUCGCAGCCGGCCCAGCCUGCGCAGCAGAAGGUGACCUACGCCUCAGCCCAGUUGCAGCCCGGCAUCAAGCAGCAGUUCUACGCUGCCCCGAUGGCCCAGGCGCAGAAGGCAGGGGGGCCGCAGCAGAUCCAGGUUGCUAAACUGCCACAGAUAGUGCAGCAGCAGUCCACUGUGGCCAACAUCCAGCAGAUAGUGCCGGCCCCACAGCAGAUCCAGGCGCAGCCACAGACCGUGUCGCUGUCCCAGCCUGCCCCCACCCCCCAGGCCCCCGUGCAGGUGCUGUCGACCGCUCCUCAGGUGGUGCCGCAGAAACUCCUGCAGCAGCAGGUGGUGACGGCAGCAGCAACCGCAGCAGCUGCCUCCCCGCAGGUCCAGACGCAGACCCCGCCCCCCCAGAGUCCUGCCCCCCAGGCCGCGGCCGGCUCUGGCGUCGCAGAUCAACCUGCUCAGCAGCAACCCAAGAGCCAGGCUCGGGGGGGGGCCACCGUGCGGGUCAAGGCCCCCGCCAAACCCAACAGCGGCACCUAGCCUCUGCAGUACUGACCACCGCCUCACGUAGGCACCCUCGAGCUGUCGUCAGUCGGUUUGUAUAAAAGUGGAAUUCUGGGACUGAUAAAAGCAGUAUCUAGAAUAACCAACAUGGAUAACGGUAAGGGCCCCCCUGUGGCUGGGAAGAUGCAGUGCAGCCACUGAGAGCCCCUACUGUAUAAUUGUUACCUGCCACAGAGGAAAUCUACAGAUUCUCCUUUCCGUGAUACCAUUUUAUAAAUCUCCAUUUAACAACGGUCACAAAAUGAAGUCCUUCAGAUGUGUGUCGGGCAGAGACUGGGAAUAGGCCUGAAAGAUCAGUGUGUCGAUAUGCUUUCCAUAUCGCCCCUCUGCUCCUGAACCUGCCAGACGUUUGCCCUUUUUGUCUCUCUCCCUCCGUCUGUCUCCAUUUCACUGUGAGUGUGAAUAGCUUUAUCAUGGUACGUUUAAAGAGGGAGGAAGAACAUCCAUUGUCCCAAACAUACCGUAUAAAUGGUGAGUUGCAGUUUAAUAUAUGUGCAGUUGCCUAUUACAGGACCAUCUUGUGCGGUUUGUCGGGAAUGCACUUGCACAGAUGUGAAUGUGAAGGCUCACACACCCGGUGCAGUUUCGCAUUGACUCUCCCCCAGCCGUUAGCGGUACUUGUGGGACCUUUUUAUUUCAUAAACUACCUGGCUGCCCUGUUAAAUGCACAGAGGUUAUGCUCUGUGGCUGUUCUCUCUCCAUACUUAUCCAGUUGCAAGCAGACUACUAGUAAAACACUGUGGUCAUACUCAAAUUGUAUUUCCUUUUAAUUGUUUUUUGCAAUCAGUUCACUGGUGUCCUUUUUGUUUGUAACAUAAAGAUGUAAAAUGUUGUAAAAAAAUCUUUUAAUGUUUAGUUUUUCAUCAGUUGCAUUCAGUUAUCCUGAGUUGUGAUCGUGUAAAUAACAUGAACGUAAGAUGAAACAUUUGUACUUGUAAAGUAGUUGUGUUUUCAUGGAGUUUUUUUUUUUUCUUCUUCUCAGCCUAAUUGUAAUAAAGUGUUUCUUUUUAUACACCA